GCGGCGCUGCAGUCGGCUGAGCGCUCGACGCGAGACGCCGACCUCGCCUCCUAACAUUACGGCGACCGCCCGCGCGGCGAUUACACGCGAACAUGCGCGGCGACCGCGCCGCCCGUGAUACGCGCCACAAUAAAGAUCACGAAAACUUAAAGUCCUCUCUAAAAAAAGGGAAUAAACCCAAAAAGCAUAGGGUUAUAUUUGAUGAGAGCGCAAAUGAAUUUUUCGAGGCCGAUUAUAUUAUUGUAGUCCGCGACGAGUGCGGCUACUCAGAUGAAGGGGAGAAUGAGGAAUGCUCGGGAUGCGGCGCGUGCGAGCAUUACCAGGAGCCGGAGCCGGGCGCGCUCAGCCCGCCGGAGGGGUACAAGGACCUGGGGCUUUUCAACCGAGACGGUACGCUGCGGGAGCAGGCCUGGUGGGAAGCCGGGGACGUGGUGCUGGUUGGCGAGCGCUCCGGUACCGUGUUCACGCCGCAACACCUGCAGCUGCUGCGGCGGCUGCAGCGCGAGCGUAUGCUGCGCUCCACCAUCUGUGCUGACUGCGAUGCCCACGCCGCUCUGCACCAGCCUCUUGAGAUGGAAUACGGCUACGAAGAAGAGGAGGCGAGUGAUGUUGACAGGGAACUGAGGCCUGUGGCUCGUCGAACUGCUAAACAUAUCGCCGCCGGUGAAGAACGCCCGCGGAUCAAUUCCAGCCAGCAAACAACGCCCACAGACGAAUGCCCGCCAGAGCUAUGCAUAGAGGAAACACAGACCGAGCUGACGGCAGCUCCACUCACAAGCGAGGAGAGCGAUACGGGCGAUAAUGAAGGUCGGCUGUCGGCGGAAAGCUCGCCGAUGCGGCAGCGGCGUGGCGGCAUAUUGAAAGGCGGGAAACUGUGGAAAUCUCUGGACUCAGACAAAGACCUCAAUGACCAGACGGACGAUCAACGAUCAACGACCGCCAGCGACGAAGACGGAUCAGUAACUCCGCGCUCGGUUCGCUUCGUGGAGAGGGCUAAAGAGCCCUCUGAGGAGGAGCCACAGAAAACCGAGCCAGAGCCGAGCCCCCAGCCCAACGUAGAAACGCCUCCCAAGGAAUACAGCUCGACUCACAGACUCGAAACUCCAUUGAUACUAACGAUCAACGCGCCGAAGCAAAACUCUGCCGUUCAGCAGCUGUUCAACAGUGGACGCCCGCCGCCGCCGGCGAUCGAGCCGCAGCUCGUCACUUCUGAAACAUUGAGAGCGUGGGAUGCCGGUGUCAGGCCGAAGAACGAGGACGCGGCGGUGCGCAGAGUCGCCGAACGCAACGCGCUCAGGUGCUCCCUGCUGCGCAACGAGGCGAGGAAAAAACAACAGCCCAAGCAAGAAACAACAUCACUCGCAGAACGCAUUCGCCUCCUCACUUGCGACGUGGAAGAUGAGCCAGAGGAGCAACGGUCCUCGCCGGCUGGAGCCAGCCUAGACAAGAUGUCUAGCAGCAGCGACAAAUCCAGCGAGAAAUCAUUCAACAGCAUCGAUAAGAACGAGAAAGCAUUCGGCAGCGCGUCAUCUAGUUCGUCAUCGUCCACGCUGUCAGCGCCGGUGCCAACCCGUCAGCAGCCGCCUGACCUUGGUGAUGUCCAUCAAGAACCAGUCAAGCCAAGAUCGGAGCCUCGAAGGCAGUUCCUGUCUACCCUCGCUCCGCUGACAGCGUGUGUCGGUAGCGUGACCCACCACGAGGGCUCCUACUACGUACCUCCCAGCGAUAGGACCUCAAGCGCGUCGGCUACACAUUUAGACUUCCAGGAACACAACGACGCUCCGGCGCCUGAUGUUGUUGCUGGGACCCCAGGUGCCGGCGAAGGUGAUGAUGGAUUGGCGGCGUUCGCCCGAGCUACCGCUCCGAGGACAGAGAGACUACGACAACGUUACGGCCAAGAGUCGCAACCGGUCAGCAGUGACGACGAACACGAUGAUUACGGUUUCCACCGACGGCCUGCUGUCCGAGGGAUAGCAAUUAAACAACAAUUGGGAGCCUCCGACGAAAUCUUACAACAAAUGCAGAACGAAUUGCAGCCGUCCCCAGGCACCACGCCCGCCCAAAUACCAGCCCACGCGUGCCAACGGACGAAUUCCAAUUACUCUUGGCAAUACUAUUCUGAAGCAAAUCUUAACUCCAGGCCGCAGAGCAGGGCCAGUGCCAAUUCAAACUGGUCGAAGUCAUCAGAUUACGUGACAGCGCGACAGUGCAGCGGCACCCCCGUACCCCAGCAGCACUCGGACUCGUGCUAUGCUCACGCACAAAAUAUGGCCUCAUAUGUCCACUACCAACAGAGGCAACAGCAGGAGAGCAUGUAUAGGAACUGCUCUCUGUACGCUAACAUUGGAUGUUCGGAUAGCAGUCAAGAGCUGUACAGCUUGCAGACGAGUUCAGAGCAAACGUCACCGGUGCGGCUGGCGCCGCGAUGUCGCCGGCCUGAGUCGCCGCCGCCGAUCCGCACACACCACCAGCUCCUAUACGUGCCUUACAAUGCGCACUACCACUACCAACAUCAUGAAUACGGAGCGCAGUGGACUGCUAACGAUUACAGCCGAAUGCACUCGUACUAUCAACAACAGCAGCAACCUCGCAGCAGCGCGAGCACCCCGCUACCGCCAUCAACGCAACCACAGCGCGCCCACUACACACACGCAUUGCAGUUGCAGACAUUAUGCCCAGCGCCUGCUAGAUACAGGCCAGUGCCGGCACCACAGCCCGGUGGUGGUAAACAAAUGAUCUGUUAUUCAGAAAAGGUGCCAGCUCCUAUGUACCAGCCGGCACCAGGCUCACCCUCGCGAGCCGCCAGGGGCGCCCCUGAAGGGGCACCCUCGGGUGUCGCGGCCCAGGCCGCAACAUCCCCAAUGGCCCCUCCUCCAAACCCAGUUUAUUACGCCAUGAAUGUCUGACGAGGGGACUAGGUGAAAAUCGUGGUGGGCCCCAACGGCGAGGUCCGUAUUACUGUUCAGCCAACAAACUCACAAAACUCAACAGAACCUGCUAAGACACUUUCAAAAUAACUACUACUUCACUGCAACAUAAUGGUGGAAGCUACUUCAUACAUUUUAUUUGUCACUACAAUUAUAACUUAAUAUAAAUAUUGCUAAUCGUAAGUAUGACCUCAUUGAAUGUUUAUUAAAAAGACAUUAUGAUAGGGCAAAGUACAUAUUUUAACGAGACAAGUUGCUUGUAUUGUUAAAAUGGAGCUAUAAACACUAAGGUGUAUCUAACAAGUACAACCCACAGAAUUCCAAAAACAAUAAGUUUAAAAUACAGCCCCACUUCCAUAAAACCAUGACAAAUUCAAAAUUGUAAUAGACACAAUCUUUGAAUGGUUUAACUUUUUAGUCAAGUACCAAAGUCUACUAAAGGAUAAUAUGAAAAUUAUAAUUUGGUUGAUAUCAGUAAACCAAAUAGUAUUGUUAUAAAGUUUAAUUUACUGUUAUGGGUAAACUGCAAAUAUUGUGUAUUAGAAUGUUGGUAAUAAUAAUAAAUUGUUAUUUAUCUAUUCUUCAACACAUAUUUAUAUAAAAAAAAU